GCAAAGGGAGGCGGAGGAGGGAGAGACCCACGCCCGGCCCCCCCUCCGGCUUCCACCCCGGGUCCCAUGCUCCCCAGCUGCCCUCUCCAUAGAAACAACAGGCGGGGAUGGAGCUCCGGAGCAGAUACAGAAACUCGAAGCCAGGCAAAAGUUUCUCUUGGGGGGAAAAAAAAGAGCGGAAUCCCUUGCAGGGAUCAGUCCUUCAGCCCCAGAAAUGGUCCCGUGAAGGAAAAGGCAUCUGGAGACCCACCAGAGUCCUUGGAGCCAUUUGCAGUUGCUCUGCAGGACAGAGAAAGGAUGGAGACACAACCUUUUGGAAAGGAGGGAAGCGGAAAAGGCCCUUCAGCUGCUCAGCCGGGGAAGUGGGGGAAGCUCUGGACAAGAACCAGGCAGAAGAUCCUGGAGGAGGAAACCAUCCUCCCUUCAGAAAUUCAGCCCUGGAACUUCAUCCAAUAUCAGGACACUGAGGGUCCCCGAGGCCUUUGCAGACGACUCCAUGACUUUUGUAGGCGAUGGCUGAGACCAGAAAAGCACACCAAAGCCCAGAUGCUGGACCUGGUGGUUCUGGAGCAGCUCCUUGCUCUUCUGCCCGCAGAGAUGGAGGGCUGGGUGCGGGAGUGUGGAGCAGAGACCAGCUCCCAGGCGGUGUCCCUGGCGGAAGGCUUCCUUCUGAGCCAGGUGGAGGAGAAGAAAGAGCAGGUCAAGUUGCAGUGCUGCACUGUGGAGAUUAGAGAUCCUGAGCGAAAGACAAAUCCAUCAAAUCCCCCUCAGGAGCUAUUUUUCAGGAGGAUCCCUGGGGAAGAUCAAAGUCAGGACACUUCAGGAGAGAAACAAAGAAUGAAGUUUUCUGUUUUUUACGACGGAGCUCAAACUGUGAUUGAACUUCCAAAUCAAGACAGUCUUGUGUCCUUCGAGGAGGUGGCUGUGUAUUUCUCUGAGGAGGAGUGGUCUCAGCUGAAUCCUGACCAAAAAGCGCUGCAUUUGGAAGUCAUGCUUGAAAAUCAUAGGAAUGUGGUCUCUCUGGGUAAUAGUGGGCAGGAGAAUCAAGAUUCCUAUGGACUGUUCCAAGUGAUCAAUGCUAAAGAUGAAAUGGAGAACUUUGGAAUUCGAAUGGAAUUCGAAAGCCAUGAGAGAAACCAGUCAAAUAAUUGGAAUCAGGAAAGCUCAUCUCCCACUGAUGCUCCGAUGCAAGACUUUCUUGCCCAACAAGAGAAAAUAAGGAAAAAAUGUAUUGGGGAAAGUGUGAAGCUAAUCAAAGAUAAAUUACAAGUAAACGAACACCAUUUAACACAAAACAAAGGAAAAGAUGCUAUAAGACACAACAGGCAAAAUUACAAUGGGACAUUGAUAUUUUCCCUUGGAAAUAACUUCCUUACAUCUCAAAAAGUGAUUCACACAAAAAAGGAGCCUUAUAAAUGUUUGGAAUCCGGAAAAUAUUUUAGAACAAGCAGGAAUCUUACAUCCCAUGAAAGGAUUCACACUGUAGAGAAACAGUGUUUAGAAGCAGCUGUAGCCCAUGCAGCCCAAUCCCUCCAGGCAACGGGAGAGAAACCAUAUAAAUGCAUGGAGUGUGGAAAGACAUUUGCGCAAUGCAGUGCUCUUACUUCUCAUAAGAUGAUCCACACAGGGGAAAAGCCAUUUAAAUGCAUGGAAUGUGGAAAGACCUUUGCUCAAAGAGGUAAUCUGAAAUCCCAUAAGAUGAUCCACACAGGGGAGAAGCUGUAUAAAUGUAUGGAGUGUGGAAAGACCUUUGCUCAACGUAGUUAUCUUGCUUCUCAUAAAAAGAUCCACACAGGAGAGAAACCAUAUAAAUGCAUGGAGUGUGAAAAGACUUUUCCUCAAAGAGGUCAUCUUAUUUCCCAUAUGAUGAUACACACAGGUGAGAAGCCAUAUAAAUGCAUGGAGUGUGGAAAGACUUUUGCUCAAAUAGGUAAUCUUAUUUCCCAUAAGAUGAUCCACACAGGGGAGAAGCCGUAUAAAUGCAUGGAGUGUGGAAAGACCUUUGCUCGAAGAAGUCAUCUUAUUUCCCAUAAGAUGAUCCACACACAGGAGAAGCCGUACAAAUGCAUGGAGUGUGGAAAGACCUUUGCUCAACAUAGUUAUCUUGCUUCUCAUAAAAAGACCCACAUGGGGGAGAAACCAUAUAAAUGCAUGGAGUGUGGAAAGACAUUUGCGAAACGCAGUGCUCUUACUUCUCAUAAAAUGAUCCACACAGGGGAAAAGCCAUUUAAAUGCAUGGAAUGUGGAAAGACAUUUGCUCAAAGAGGUAAUCUGAAAUCCCAUAAAAUGAUCCACACAGGGGAGAAGCCAUAUAAAUGCAUGGAGUGUGGAAAGACCUUUGCUCAACGUAGUUAUCUUGCUUCUCAUAAAAAGAUCCACACAGGGGAGAAACCAUAUAAAUGCAUGGAGUGUGAAAAGACUUUUCCUCAAAGAAGUCAUCUUAUUUCCCAUAAGAUGAUCCACACGGGGGAGAAGCCGUACAAAUGCAUGGAAUGUGGAAAGACCUUUGCUCAACGUAGUUAUCUUGCUUCUCAUAAAAAGAUCCACACAGAGGAGAAGCCAUAUAAAUGCAUGGAGUGUGAAAAGACUUUUCCUCGAAGAGGUCAUCUUAUUUCCCAUAUGAUGAUACACACAGGUGAGAAGCCAUAUAAAUGCAUGGAGUGUGGAAAGACUUUUGCUCAAAUAGGUAAUCUUAUUUCCCAUAAAAUGAUCCACACAGGGGAGAAGCCGUAUAAAUGCAUGGAGUGUGGAAAGACCUUUCCUCGAAGAAGUAAUCUUAUUUCCCAUAAGAUGAUCCACACACGGGAGAAGCCGUACAAAUGCAUGGAGUGUGGAAAGACCUUUGGUCAACAUAGUUAUCUUGCUUCUCAUAAAAAGACCCACACGGGGGAGAAACCAUAUAAAUGCAUGGAGUGUGAAAAGACUUUUCCUCGAAGAGGUCAUCUUAUUUCCCAUAUGAUGAUACACACAGGUGAGAAGCCAUAUAAAUGCAUGGAGUGUGGAAAGACUUUUGCUCAGAGAAGUAAUCUUAUUUCCCAUAAGAUGAUCCACACAGGGGAGAAGCCGUACAAAUGCAUGGAGUGUGGAAAGGCCUUUGGUCAACAUAGUUAUCUUGCUUCUCAUAAAAAGACCCACACGGGGGAGAAACCAUAUAAAUGCAUGGAGUGUGAAAAGACUUUUCCUCGAAGAGGUCAUCUUAUUUCCCAUAUGAUGAUACACACAGGGGAGAAGCCAUAUAAAUGCAUGGAGUGUGGAAAGACUUUUGCUCAAAGAAGUAAUCUUAUUUCCCAUAAGAUGAUCCACACAGGGGAGAAGCCGUAUAAAUGCAUGGAGUGUGGAAAGACCUUUGCUCAAAGAGGUAAUCUUAUUUCCCAUAAAAUGAUCCACACUGGGGAGAAGCCAUUUAAAUGCAUGGUGUGUGGAAAGACGUUUAUUACGAGCAGUGCUCUUACUUCUCAUAGCGGAAUCCACACAGGAGAGAAACCAUAUAAAUGCAUGGAGUGUGGAAAGAUGUAUACUAAGAGCAGUUCUCUUACUUCUCAUAGCAGAAUCCACACAGGAGAGAAACCAUAUAAAUGCAUGGAGUGUGGAAAGACGUUUAUUACGAGCAGUGCUCUUACGUCUCAUAGCAGAAUCCACACAGGAGAGAAACCAUAUAAAUGCAUGGAAUGUGGAAAGACCUUUGCUCAGAGUAGUGCUCUUACUUCUCAUAAGAUGAUCCACACAGGGGAAAAGCCAUUUAAAUGCAUGGAAUGUGGAAAGACCUUUGCUCAGAGAGGUAAUCUGAAAUCCCAUAAAAUGAUCCACACAGGGGAGAAGCCGUAUAAAUGCAUGGAGUGUGGAAAGACCUUUCCUCGAAGAAGUCAUCUUAUUUCCCAUAUGAUGAUCCACACAGGGGAGAAGCCAUAUAAAUGCAUGGAGUGUGGAAAGACCUUUGCUCAACGCAGUUAUCUUGCGUCUCAUAAAAAGAUCCACACUGGGGAGAAACCAUAUAAAUGCACAGAAUGUGGAAAGACCUUUCCUCGAAGAGGUAAUCUUAUUUCCCAUGAGAUGAUCCACACAGGGAAGAAGCCGUAUAAAUGCAUGGAAUGUGGGAAGUCCUUUCCUCGAAGAGGUAAUCUUAUUUCCCAUAAGAUGAUCCACACAGGGGAGAAGCCAUUUAAAUGCAUGGAGUGUGGAAAGACCUUUGCUCAAGGCAGUUAUCUUGCUUCCCAUAAAAAGAUCCACUCAGAAGAGAAACCAUUUAAAUGCAUGGAGUGUGGAAAGAUGUUUACUAAGAGCAGUGCUCUUACUUCUCAUAAGAUGAUCCACACAGGGGAGAAACCAUAUAAAUGCAUGGAGUGUGGAAAGACCUUUCCUCGAAGAGGUAAUCUUAUUUCCCAUAAAAUGAUCCACACAGGGGAGAAACCAUAUAAAUGCAUGGAGUGUGGAAAGACCUUUGCUCAACGCAGUUAUCUUGCUUCCCAUAAAAGGAUCCACUCAGAAGAAAAACCAUUUAAAUGCAUGGAAUGCGGAAAGACGUUUACUAAGAGCAGUGCUCUUACUUGUCAUAAGAUGAUCCACGCAGGGGAGAAACCAUAUAAAUGCAUGGAGUGUGGAAAGACCUUUUCUCGAAGAGGUAAUCUUAUUUCCCAUAAGAUGAUCCACACAGAGAGGAAGCCGUUUAAAUGCAUGGAAUGUGGAAAGAGCUUUGCUCAGAAUGGUAAUCUUACUUCUCAUAAAAGGAUCCACACUCGGGAGAAAGUAUAUAGCAAUAGCAAUUCCACUUUAGACUUAUAUACCACUCCAGAAUGCUUUACAGCACUGUCUGAUCAGUUCACAAAGUCAGCAUAUUGUCCCCAGGAAUCUGGGUCCUCCUUUUACCGACCUCAAAAGGAUGAUAGGUUAAAUCAACCAUGAGCCAGUCAGGAUCAAUCUCCUGGGUGUGGGCAAUUAGCUUCUGGUACUGCAUUCUAACCUCUGAUCCACCAUGUCUAGAGAUUUUUAUGUGUGUGCAUAGUUUGCCUUUCUGAUCCAAAUGAGACAAGGUUGAAUCCAACAAAGUGAAAUUUAAUGUGGAGAAAAGUAAAGUUUUACACCUUGGCGGCAAAAAACAGAUUACAUGAAACCUGGCUCAAAAACAGUAACUCUAUGAAGGGACCUUGGGAAUCCGAAUGGAUGAUCACUUGAAUAUGAAUGACUUAUGUGCGGUGGCAGCCAAAAAUGCUGAGACAAUCCUUGGUUGUAUAAACAGAGACAUAGAAUCAAAAUCA